AUGCCAGCUGAAUCAAAGUACCAAAAGCAACAGGCGCAGCCACGCGAUGCACGAAUAGUCUCUUUAAUACUACAAUCGUUGGGUGUUGAACAGUAUGAUCCAAAAGUCGUACCCCAAUUAUUAGAAUUCGCUCAUCGGUAUACCUCAGAUGUGUUGCAAGACGCGUUAAUCUAUGCCGAGCACGCAAGCAAAAAUGAUCUUGAUUUGGACGAUAUACAACUGGCCAUUCAAGGUCGAGUAAAUCACUCUUUUACAAACCCGCCACCGAAAGAGCUAUUGCUUGAACUUGCUGAAGAAAAGAACAAGACCCCGUUACCACUCAUUCCAGAGAAAUAUGGCAUACGACUUCCUGCAGAGAAGCAUUGCCUGACUGGCUUAAAUUUCUCAAUAGUCCCAGACGUAAGUAGCGACGUAAUAGUGUAG